CAAAGAGUUAAAGGAGAUAAACCUUGUCAAUUUAUGCGCAUUGAUUCGACCUUCAUUUUUCCCUUAAAUGCCACAGGGUACUAUGAUUCAUGAUCUCAUUCAUUGCGCAGAAAAUUUGGUGGAUCAAAUUAAGCUAAUAAGUAGCUUAUCACAAUUUGAGUAAAGCUGUCCUGUUAUCGUUAACCAAGAUAACCAACAUUCUUUCCUCCCAGUUACAAACAGUGGACUAUAAUACAAGCUUUGAGACAUUUAAGGACUGAACAGUGCAUUAACUUGCAGAUUUCUUCACGGGUAUAAUGCGUUUAUUGCUUUGGCGCGAAGUUCAUGAAAUGACAACAGUGGAGAUUCAGAACAUGGUUUAAAGUUAUUGUAACGAAGUUUUGAAUGGUGGGUAUGUUCAUGAAAUGGCAAUAGAGGAGUUUUUGAAUGGAGGAUUAUAAGGGGAAGAUUUAAUGCAUUUGAUGAAACUCUAAAAUCAUCAUGCCUUGUGCUCCAAUGGCACAAACUCAUAUUACUGGUGCUGCUGGGGUCAAUUCUAGAUACCCCAAUCCAUUUUCCCCAUCUGGACUGUCUCUGACUUUGGCAAGUGGCCAAGAUAAGAACAAAGAGAGUAUUAGUCAUCAUUCUCAAUCUUAUGAAAGCAGUGACAACAUGGAUGAUUCUGAAGACGAUGUUGCAGAGCUCAGUCACCCUCGAAAGAAAAGAUAUCAUAGGCACACUCCCCAGCAAAUUCAAGAAAUGGAAUCACUUUUCAAGGAAUUCCCACAUCCUGAUGAGAAGCAGAGGAAACAACUUAGCAGAAAAUUGGGUCUUGCUCCUCGACAAGUUAAAUUCUGGUUCCAGAAUCGUCGAACACAGUUGAAAGCUACACAAGAGCGACAUGAAAACUCCCUCUUGCGGCAUGAAAUUGAACAGCUUCGGGCUGAGAAUAUGUCACUCAGAGAAUCAAUCAGAAAUCCAACCUGCUCAGGUUGUGGAGGGCCUGCAGUUAAUGGAGAGAACACGGCAAUUGAUGAACAACAGUUGCGCACAGAGAAUGAACGCUUGAAAGAUGAGCUAGCUAGGCUUUGUGCUUUUGUGGGGAAGAUGUAUGGUAGAUCCAGCCCUCCCCUGACAUCCAUGCCCAAUUCUUCUCUAGACCUUGGAGGGGGUUCAAAUGAUUUGGGUGGACUGCAUUCAGCUUCAUUUCCUUCUAUCAAUGAUUUAAUAAGGGAUCGGUCAAUGGUACUGUUGAGCAUUGAAAGAUCUAAAGUUGCAGAGCUGGCAGUAGCAGCCAUGGAUGAGCUAAUGAAAAUAGGUCAAAUGGCAGAACCUCUGUGGGUAAGAAGCCCGGAAGCGGGAGUGGAAACUUUGGACCAUGAAGAAUAUUCAAGAGAAUUCCCAAGGCUUAUUGGACCAAAACCUAUUGGCCACAAAACAGAAGCCACCAGAGAAACCAGCAUAGUUGUCAUGAAGAGCUCCACCAUAGUUGACACUCUCAUCAAUGUUAACCGUUGGAUGGAGAUGUUCCCAUGCAUAAUAUCUAGAGCAAAUACAGUUGAUGUGAUUUCCAGUGGUGUGGGUGGCACUAGGAAUGGUGCAUUGCAACUGAUGUAUGCUGAACUGCAAGUUCUGUCGCCUCUUGUUCCAACACGAGAGAUUUAUUUUGCCAGAUUCUGCAAACAGCACGAUGAUGGCCUGUGGGGUGUAGUCGAUGUUUCAGUUGAUUGCCUUUUAAACAACCCAGAUGCAUCUUUAGUCAAAUGCAGGAAACGCCCAUCUGGUUGCCUGCUAAGGGAUAUGCCAAAUGGCCGUUCAAAGGUUAUAUGGGUGGAGCAUGCAGAACAUGAUAAUAUUGGGGUGCACAGGAUAUUUCGUUCAGUGGUAAAUAGUGGGAUGGCCUUUGGAGCACAACGUUGGCUUGCAACACUGCAGCGCCAGUGUGAAAGGAUUGCAUUCCUUGCAGCAACGAACACUCCUAUUCCUGCCAGAGAUAUUACUGCUGUUACAACGCCCAGCGGCCGCAGGAGCAUGAUGAAACUUGCUGAGAGGAUGACAAAUAAAUUCUGUGGUGGAGUGAGUGCAUCUAGCAGGCACUCUUGGACUAAACUUUCUCAUGGUAAUGGUAAUGGUAAUGGUGAGGAUGAUAUCCAUGUAAUGACAAGGAAGAAUGUUGAUAGUCCUGGGGAGCCUACAGGUGUAAUUCUCAGUGCGGCAACAUCUAUAUGGCUUCCCGUUUCUCCAGAUCGAUUGUUUGAGUUCUUGAGAGAUGAGAGACUUAGAAAUGAGUGGGAUAUACUCUCCAGUGGAAGCCCAAUACAAGAAAUUACCAACAUAACCAAAGGAAAAGAUCGAGGCAAUAGUGUCUCUCUUCUUAGUGCAACAAAUGACAAUGAAAGCAACACAUUAAUCCUCCAAGAGAGUAGCAGAGACAGUUAUGGGUCGAUAGUGGUUUAUACUCCAGUUGACAUCCCUGCCAUUCAUCAAGUUAUGAAUGGUCAGGAAUCCAACAAUGUAGCUCUCCUUCCUUCAGGUUUCGCUAUUCUUCCAGAUGGACCUGAAUGCAGGCCUCACAGCAACCCUCCUGUGGGAGGAUCUCUCUUGACUAUUGCAUUUCAAAUUUUGGUAAACAAUCUGCCCACCGCCAAGCUGACCAUGGAAUCUGUGAAGACUGUCAAUGAUCUCAUUUCAUGUACUACCAAGAAAAUAAAAGCAGCUCUAAGAUGUGAUGAUACCUGAUACUCUAUCCAGUCUUUUAAAUCUGCUAGGCUAACCACUUUACAGGUGAACAAAGAAUGAAUGUAAAAGAUACAAUAGUGACUGAAAACAAUAUGAACGUAGCAGCUUUGGUGUAUAUGGUUUCCUAUCCAGAGGAACUGGAAACAAUAUUAAGUUGACAUAGUGCCCUCUGUGAAGGCUAUAUUUAUUUCUGAGCUUGAUCAUGAGUCCGCUAACCCAGAGGUGUAAAGUUUGAAGCUGAGCAAUACAAGGUAAAGAUUAAAAAUUCACUUGCUCCCUCAUGGAGUCUAGUAUCCACAAGAGCAAUGCUGGCUAAGCUGUGACCUGGAAAAAAUGAUUCAGAAGCCUUAUAUCCUUGAGUGCAUUGUACUCUAUGUCAACUUUUGGUGGUUUUAGACUGUGAUUGUAGCAUUGUAAUACAGAAUUCAAGUCUCAACCCAAGUGAAAAUAGCAGCUAAAUCCUUAUGUUUCAGGAAUGAGUUCUCUGUCACUAUUGUACAUGUAUAAGGCUACAAGUUUUGAACUUUGGCUUCCAAAUUGCUAGGUAUCAAUCGAAGAGUACAAUAAAGAUUCAGCCUGGUGAUGGAAAACUUUGUUUACAGGCUACCUCGAUUGGGUAGAAUUUCUGUAUAAUAAUGAUUCUAUUGAGUAUUUUUUUCUAAAUGAGAUAAAAAUCGUCCUUCUGGUAGUCA